AUGCCUGCCGCUGUCGCCACAAACGGCGGCUCUGGAGGCCGUCAGAUCAAACGCUUAAGGACGACAAAGACUGACGAGGCAGUCGUCAAGGGCCAGAGACCAGUCGGCUCUUCGCGACUUUUUGCGCCGUACAGAACUGUCGGUCUCGUAUCGCCUACCGCCGUUCCCUUCACCAGCAUCGCCCUGGGCAAGACAACCUUCCAACUCACCACCUCGGUCGGCCGCAGUCUGCAGACUUACGAUUUGCGCCGCGGUCUCAAUCUCGUCUUCAUCUCUCGCCCUCAGACUCCCGAAUCCAUCACUGCCAGUAUAGCUCACAAGGACCUGGUCUUUGCAGCAUGGGGUGGCCAACAGGAAGAGUCGGACCGCGGUGUGUCCAUUUUCAAAAGAGGCAAGAAAGUCGCUGAACUCGAGAUGCCCCUGAACCACAAGAACAACAUCAAGUCUUUUACCAUCUUCGGCUCGUGGAUUAUCGGUGCUUGCGACAACCAGAUUCUCGUCUGGAAGUCUUCCAACUAUGAGCUCUACACCACCCUUCAGAGUAUUACCGGCUCCGAAUUUACCGGAACCCUCAGCAGCAUGCCCACCUUGCUCAACAAGAUCGUUGCUGGCAAGGACGACGGUACUGUCGAGAUCUGGAACGUCUCAAGUGGAAAGCUGGUCUACUCUCUCCUUCCUCCCGCCGCAGACUACGGUGCUGUCACCGCUCUCCAACCUACUCCCGCUCUCAACCUCCUCGCAAUCGCCUAUGAGUCCGGUCCUCUGAUCAUUCAGGACAUUCAAGCAGACAAGAAGAUCCUUCAGUUCAACGCCUCGGCUCACGGCACAAAUGGUCCCUCUAUUACCUCAAUCACUUUCCGAACAGACGGCAUGGGUGCCGGAGAUGAUGGUAAAAGAGCUGGUGUCAUGGCUACCGCUUCCAACGAGAGCGGCGACGUGACUUUGUGGGAUUUGAACAAUGGCGGUCGCAAGCAGGGUGUGCUCCGCGGUGCCCACGCUCCUCCUUCGUCUGCUUCGCCUGGCGGCGUCACAAAGGUCGAGUUCCUGCCUGGCCAGGCUAUUAUCGCGACGAGCGGUCUGGACAAUAGCCUCAAGACCUGGAUCUUCGACGAGAGCCCCUUCAACCCCGUUCCCAGGAUCCUGCACCAGCGCAGCGGCCACGGUGCUCCCGUCACCACUCUAGCUUUCCUGCCCGCUGCUUCGGACGGCUCUGAUGCCAGUGGAAAAUGGCUUCUCAGUACUAGCAAGGACCGCAGCUUGUGGGGCUGGAGUUUAAGGCGUGAUGGUCAGAGCACCGAGCUAUCUCAGGGCAACGUCACCAAGAAGGCCAGAAAGCAAGGUAUCCUCUCUUCCGAGGGCAGAGACACCAUCGAAGCACUCAAAGCUCCUCCAAUCACUUCUAUUGCUUGCUCGCUCAACCGCGAUGGUGGCAUGGGCUCCAUGCCUGGCAAGUUCCCCAUCUGGCAGUCCGGCAAGGGCAAGACAAAGAACAGCACUGAAGCUACAAGCAUGACUGGAUGGGAAAGUGUUGUCACAGCACACGAGAACGACAACAAGGCUAGGACAUGGUUCUGGGGUAGAAAGAAGGCUGGUAGAUGGGCCUUUGAGACCCAAGAUGGCGGCAAUGUCAAGAGUGUCGCAGUAUCGCCCUGCGGCACUUUUGCUCUUGUUGGUUCCGAGAACGGUGGCAUUGACAUGUUCAACCUCCAGUCUGGCGGCCACAGACAGCGAUACCCAGCACGUCUUACCCCCGCACAAGCACAACAACUCAAGCUCGAUUUGGCCAAGGCAGAGGAAGCUAUUGCCCCCGUAGCAGACGCUGGCAAGAAGAAGUUCUACCGCGGCCAAGGAAAGCACACCGCUGCUGUCACUGGUCUAGCUGUCGACAACUUGAACCGCACCGUCAUCAGCUGCAGUAUCGAUGGCAAGAUCAAAUUCUGGGACUUUUUGAGUGGUGCCCUCAAGCACGAGAUUGAUUGGUCUGGAGCUGUUCAAAUCACUGGUCUGAGAUUGCACCGCGGAUCAGAGCUGGCUGCCUUCACCUGUACUGAUGGCUGUGUUCGUGUUGUUGACAUCACCACGUUCAAGCUCAUCCGUGAGCUGAGAAUGUCAAGAUCGUCACAAUCAAAGGCUUUUGACUUUGCCGACUUUGGCUUCUCCAACGAUGGCCGCUGGGUCAUGGGCGCGACAUCCUCUUUCGUCUGCGCUUGGGAUCUGCCGACCGGCCAUUUGAUCGAUGUCUUCAAGCUCCCUUCGACGUGUAACGCCAUCAGCUUCUCACCCACAGGAGAAUAUCUGGCAACAGCGAGCGAAGAGCAUGUCGGUGUAGAUGUUUGGUCCAACAAAACCAUGUUCACUCACGUCCCUACUCGUCAUAUUAACGAAGCAGAAUUGUCAACAAUUGUUGCCAGCGAAGCACAAGCACCCACAGUCAAUGGCGAAGGCAGCAUCUCUGUUAUAGGCGCAUUGGCCAAUGCUCCUGAGGUCGAGUCCAAUGAUGAAGAAUAUAUCGACGUCGACCUUGAUGACGAUGCAAAUCUGGAUACUUUGUCGUCCGACCUGGUAUCAUUGUCAUUGGUACCUCGCAGCCGCUGGCAGAACCUGCUCCAUCUAGACGUUAUCCGCCAACGCAAUGCUCCAACCGCUGCGCCCAAGAAACCGGAAAAGGCUCCCUUCUUCCUGCCAUCCCUGCAAGAACGACAAGCGAACCCCGUCAUCGCGAACUCAAACACAACGCAAGACCUUGCCGCCAUUGAGCAAGAACGCAGCCGCAUCAUGAAGAUGGACCGCCAAAACACGAUUUCAAAAUUUACUUCUCUGCUGCGCGAUGCUUCAGAGACCGGAGACUUUGCACCCUUCAUCGCACACCUCAAGAGCCUCAACCCCGCAGCUGCAGAUAUCGAGAUUCGCAGUUUGUCUUCUCCCAUCACAUCCUUCGAUCCUGAAUCAGAUGCUUGCAAUGAGUUGGUCGCGUUUGUUCGCGCAUUGUCGUUCCUCUGCGCAUCAAAACGUGACUUUGAACUGGGUCAGGCGUGGAUGGCGGUGUUCCUCAAGGUCCACUCUGAUGUUGUGGCUGAAGAUGAAGAACUCAGAGCAAGUGUCAAGGAAUGGAGAGACAGAGUUGUGGAGGAGAAGGAGAGAGUGGAGAUGUUGGCACAAUACUGUGGCGGUAUGGUUGGGUUCCUGAGGGCUGCCCGAGUGUAG